AGAAAAGGGUUCGGGCACCUCAAGAGAAUGAUGGAAGGAUGACCAAACAUGGACUAGCAAUCAAGUGUAGCAACCGCAAGCAGACAGGGCAUAACAAAAGGAAAUGUACUGCUGCAGCCAUCGAAAACCCCAACCCUAACAAGCGGAAGAGAGGAAGGCCUUCCAAAGAUGGUGCACCUCAAAAAGGAAGCAAAGAAAAGCAAGGAAACAACCCAAGUGAAGGUACUUCCACAAGUAAGCAGACUGCAAUUGACCCACAAUCUCAGACGAAAAUAAAAAGUGGAUCAACUCAAUACAAGGGUAGAGGGGCAGCUCUUAAAGGGAUUGGUGUUUACGUCAACGAGGCCACUGGAAAUACCUUCUACCAUGGUUCGAGCUCAUCAAAGAAAGUGAUGUUGUUUCAAAAGUACAAGAAACCAAGAAUUUCCAAGAACAAAGAAAGUGGGAAUACCUCGACUGCCCAGAAUAGUGUUGUCACUGGAGUUGCAACAACACAAGAAAGUAGGAAUGAAGAAGCCUCAACCCAAGAACUGUGAAUGAAAAUGCAACUUUUUGUAUAUUUUGCAAACUCAAGGAAAUGGUGAACAUGUUGAACCUUUGUUAUUGUGAACCAGAAUUAGCUUUAAAUAGCUAAGUGUGGAACCUUUUUUUUGUAACUUAACUUGUUCAUCUC